AUGGUAUGUGAUAGUGAUCCUCAACAUCUCUUUCUUUUUCUAGACAUUCGGUGUCGAUCGUCAACAAUUGAUCUGCAAAAUCCGCAAUGCCCGAUUUGUCAAGUAUCAUUAAAUGGACAAGAUAUGCUCACACAUGUUCAACAUGAACUCGAAUCUAUCGAACGUCGACAACAACAAAGAGUAAAACGCGGAAAUAAGAUUCUUCAAGACAACAACAGCAAUAAUAUUGACCAAACUUUCAAAACACGUUACGAGACAUUUUUACGAGUACGAACCAGUCGCCAACAACGACUAAAUGCUAAACUACAACUUCAUAAUCGCCGUUUAAUUCGUACGGAUUCUCGAAGUUGUCCAAUAUGUUAUCAACCAAUUCCAAUCACUUCCGACGAUGAAUAUUUCUUUGCUCAUGUUCAACAAUGUUCGAGAAAGAGAGAACAAUUAGCAGCUGUAACAGCAAUAGCCAAUCAUCAUCGUUUGUCAUCAUCACCUCCACCACCAACGAUCGAUGAUCCUGAUGUGAAUGUUGUUGAUCUUGAUGAUGGCAUCGAAAAGAGCACAAGUGGUACGACAACAAGUCUCAGUUGUCAAGAAUCGUUCAACAGUGAUCAAAGAUAUUCUCCAUCAGCUCAAACAGAUAUUUCCUACACGAAGUCACCAACUGUGGCAGAAAUCGAUCCUCCCAAAUGUGUCGUUUGCAUGUAG